AUGACUAAUCCUGUUCUUACGGCAGAACUUUCUCUGAGGAGCUUUUACAUUUUUAACUCAGCGUUCGGGCCCAAGGAGGGCGAGGAAGAGAAAAAGGUGCUGUUUUAUCAUCCACAUGAUACCGACAUAGAUACCAAAAUAAAGGACGUUGGUUUAAGUGAAGCUAUCAUCAAAUUUAGCAACACAUUCACCAAAGAUGACAGCGUACAGACGAUGCAUACGCAGAAGACUUGCCAAUUUUUCUACCAACCCGAAUCCGGCUACUGGAUGAUCAUGACGCUGAACGUUCCGUUCGAUCGCAAGACGCGCGACACGGGUGACUACAACGAGUACCACGGGGAUUCGAUACAUGACACAAUCUAUCAAUCGGUACUGCGUCAAUCCUACCGAAUGUUUCGCAUGUUCCAUGGCACGUUCCAAGACAAUCUGCAACCGAACGAAGAGCUGGAGGCACAGGCCAAUCUGAUCGGCAAAUUGGAAGCCUUCUUUCAGAGCUACAUACUGCACCUGCAGAUGAAGAAGUGUGACGUCGUGGAUGCGUUCGGUAGCGUGCAGUAUCUGCCCUUAAACCAACUGCUGUUUCUCCGAGUGCAGAAUUUUAUCAACAUGAUCGAGGCCACGUUUGUCCCGAUCAAACAUUGUAUUUUCCUGUACAGCGAUCAAGUCGUAUGGAGCGGAAUUAGUCCGACCGAUCUGUACACGCUGUACGAAUACUUCCACAGUCCCAUGUUCGAUCAUCUGGCACAAUCAAAGCAAACGCGACCAGCUUACGUGACCGAGAAAGGCAAAAUCAAACGCUACACACUAAUGGUGUGCCGUAAGGUACAGAACAUUUCCCUGUGCCUGCUGCUCGACGACAGUGCGGUAGAGAAUGAGCAGUCGCUCUAUUUGGAACUGAACGCGGUCGUUAAUCCGCAACUAACGAGCAUUUCCUCGGACAUUAGUCAGCAUCUGCAGAGUAGUGGUGAAUCGAGCUAUAGUUUCGGUUGCGCCGGAAGUAAGGAAGAUUCGGCCACGACACCAAAGUUCAUAUUUUUCAACGAGCUUAACCUGCAGCAUCGUGGCACGGUACGGUUGGGCCAGAUGCAAUACCAAUCGGUCAACGGCAGUGGACUUCCGAACGACGUGAUGAACCUGAUCGUCGACCUUUUGGAUGACGUUCGCAGCAAUCGAUCGAGCGUGAUGGAUGAGACGAUCGUGAAGACACAUGACGAUUAUUGGAUAGUGAAGCGCAGCUGCAAUUCCCGGCAUGUGUUCAUCAUCCUCAACAAAAGCUCCACCCUGAUCGACGUGACCGAGGAGACGAAGAAAAUAUUAGACCAGCACGUGAAGGGUAUAUUUUUCUAG